GCCCCCCUUCCGAUAUCAAAAAAUUAUAUAGCCUAUGUUUCCUUCCAGGCCAACCUACACAAAACAAACAUACAAACAAACUCAAAUUGAAAAAUCUGUGUAUCCAUAUCCUGUCCUAUGUCGGGAGGUUUCUAGAAGAAAAUACUUUGCAAUCACCUUAACAUUGAAAAAAAGUAGCAAGCUAUGCAAAAAAUUUUCAAACGUUUUCUGCCAAACAUUUCCAAUUGAAAAUUUUCAAUUUCAUUCAAAAAAAUUAUAAAUCACAAAUUUGUCGAUAGAUUUCAGUUUUCCCGAUAUAUAAACGCAAAACAGCCUCAUUUCAUUUCCUAAAUUUGCUAAGGACAUCAUCUGAAACAGAAAUGGCACAAAAUUUCCUGUAUAUGUUCGAAUUUGUGGUCGAUGAUUUGUUGGUGACACGACCAAAUCAUUGUGCUCCUGAGGAGUAUCCCACAUGCUGUGAGAUAUCCUUUCGCAAUAGCGUUUUCGUCUCCAUAUGCGAUCGCGAAUAUGGCCAUUGUGUCAAUCCCAAUGCAUCGAAAUGUGGUAAGAGUUGCAUUUUUUCCUUGGACAAGCCCCUACAGGAUGAUGACCGUUUGAUGAUACACGUCUACAAAAAGAAAACUGAAAACUGUAAAUUCCUGAUAGGCUGCACAGAUAUGCCCAUACGCGGCCUCUUUGACAAAGUCAUGGAAAAUUUUAACAUUAAGAAUCCCAAUUGGUUGGAUUUAAUGCGUCGGCAUUUACAAACUAUGCCCCAAGCGGGAGCAUGUUCCAAAGUAGUGGACAAUGAUUGUGAUGAAGAGGCUUCGGGCAGGCGAGAACAGUUGUGCCCCACCUCGGAGCUGACAAAGCGCUUGUUGCCCAUUUUCAAUUUGAAAGGCAGUCAAACGGGGAACAUUGUUAUGAUCAUACGCCUGGUGGCAAAUGGUCCUACGAUGGUAUUCCCUUUUCCUUACUCGAAAGGAUCCAAAGCCAGAUGCAAUUCGAAAUCGAAAGUUUUGCAAUCCCCUAAUGAUGAAUGCGUUGAUACCUCGGCUCGUCGUGUUGGUGGUGGAAAUGAUAGUAGUGUUGAUGAAGAUGGUCCAGAAGCCUCUAAAGCCUGUGAAGGCAGUAAAACUGAGAAGCAGCAGGUCUGUCAACGCUAUUUCGCCUGCAAUGCUGAUAAGGGAUAUCCCUGUGAUGUGGUGGAAGAUGAAUGUUCACGGGCUCCCAAAUGUAAACAACUGAAGUGCCACUUAAAAUCAUGCAGAGGCCAAUCAUCCUGUUCUCAUACAUCCAGAGGAAAAUCUGCGACUGCUGGGGAAUGCAGUCAAACGACUGAAGGUGCAGGCUCAUGUGAUGAGUCCUUAGAUGCUUGUGAAGAAGUUUCAGCCAAUUCCUGCGACGACAUCAAUUCUUGUGACCCUUGCGAUGUCUGUUUACAGCCUUGCUUUGUAACACCACGUAAACCUGAACCAGGUCCUGAUGCCUAUGAUGAGUUUGAAGCCUGCCUUAAUGGCAGUGGUAUGGUGAUAAGAGUCUUAAAAGACACUCACUGUGUGGAGAAUAUACGCGAUGGUACUGAAGAGUUUCACACUGAUAGAGAGAAUGGAGGAUGCUGUGAAAAGGAUAAUAAUCCAGGCUCCGCUCUUGAUGUCAAACAACUUCUGCAAACUAAUUCCUUUGCUCGCAAUCAUAUGAAACGACAUACCGGAGGCCACAUUAUUAACCAUCCAAAAUUGCCACAAAUUCGAGCAAACAUCAAAUAUGCGGGCAAUGAUACCUGUGGUUCAAUGGAACGUUAUUAUGUCCCGUAUUCGAAGAUAAAAGAUUUUUGUAAUGACAAACAGAACAAAAUUGAAAGUUAUCGCAGCCGUCGUGAUCGUGAUCGUGCUGGUGGAGAUAAUGGCACAGUAUGUCCUCCACUGCAUCCCAGUGAUAAUAGGAAUUGUUGUGUUCAGGUGGAUGGUGAUGAUAUUCGUAAUGCCAUGCGGGGUAUGGAUAAUGAUAUGCGCAAGAAGGGUAUUGAGGUUUGCUAUAAAACCUGUGAUGACACCGAUACCGAUGUAUUCCUGGUUAAAUUGGGCAGCAAACAAAAAUGCCAACAUAAAAAGAACAACAUCGAGAUUGAAUUGAGAACUCCUAAGCAGCCGAUUGUCUUGCAAAAUCGCAAGGUGACCACAGAAACACAAAUCGAUGAAGUUGAAUUGGAUGCCGCCUUAGCUGGUGUUUGCCGGGGUAAAAAGGGAAAGAAGGGCAAAAAAGCUAAGAAAUAAAUUAGGACAAUUUACGAUGCCACUUUUUUAUGAGAUUCGAUAAGAUCGUGUUGAAGUCUCUAGUCGUCAAAGGAAUGUAAUUUUAAUAUAUAUUUUUUAUAUGUGUGAGCCUCUUUUUGAAAUGUAUACACAAAAUAUAAUAA